AUGGCCUCGUCCUUCGUCUUCUACAAGUUCAAGUCGCAGCGCGAGCCGUCGCGCAUCGCGUUCGACGGCACCGCCAUCUCGGUCUUUGACCUCAAGAAGGAGAUCAUCGCCGAGAACCGCAUGGGCAAGGGCGCCGACUUCGACUUUGCCAUCUACCACGCCGACACCGAGGAAGAGUACAAGAACGACCGCGAGCUCAUUCCUCGGUCGACAUCGGUCAUUGCGCGUCGGCUUCCGCCAGCACGAGGGCCUGGGCGCGGCAACGCCCUCGACUACAUGGCCUCGAACGACGACACGGGCUCGAACGCCCGAGACGGCCGAGGUGCGGCGCCGACGCCGCGAGGAGGUGUCGGAGGGUUCAACAAGGACAUGUACUCGAAGCGGUUUGACGGUCGCGAGGACAUGGCCCCGUCUGCAGCUCCGCAGAACCCGUCGGACGUUCAAGUUCCUGUCGCAGCCUCAGGCGACGAGGCCUCGGCCAUGGCGGCCAUGUUCGCCGCCACGAGCUCGCAGUGGCAGCAAACGCAGGAGCAGAUGUUGCACGCCCAGUACAUCCCUCGGCCCGGGCAAGGCGGUAGGCCGCCUCCUCCUCAACAUCACGGCGACGGCGGCGGCGGCGGCGGCCCAGGUGGACCCGGCGGUCCCGGCGGGCGGCCCAACUUUCGCGACAUGCCGCGCAAGGACCCUCCUCCCGGCUACAUCUGCUACCGCUGCGGCCAAAAAGGUCACUGGAUCCAGGACUGCCCCAAGAACAGCGACCCGGCGUACGACAACCGGCCUCGCAUCAAGCGCACGACGGGCAUCCCCAAAAGCUUCCUCACCGAGGUCGCCGGGCCUCUACCCGGCACCGAGGAGGAGGAGGGCGGUCCGGGCGUCAAAGGCGGCGUCAUGGUCACCGCCGACGGCGGCUUCGUCGUCGCUCGACCCGACAGCGCAUCCUGGCUCGCGCACCGCGCCCUCACGUCGAACCUCUCGGCCAACGACAUCCAGGGCAUGGCGCCGACCGACCCCGACCUCACCUGCCCCGUCUGCUCCAAGCUCCUGCGCGACGCGACCUUGACGCCGUGCUGCAACACGUCGUUCUGCGACGAGUGCGUCACGAACGCGCUCCUCGACAACGACAUGCUCUGCCCCGAGUGCGAGACGCGCGUCAAGAGCCUCGAGAAGCUCAAGCCCGACGAUGACCGGCGCGAGCGGUGCAAGAAGUACGUCGAGGAGACGCUCGAGGCGAGCAAGGAGGCGCUCGAGCAGGAGAAGAAGGAGCGCGAGGCCGAGGAGGAGCGGCUGCGGCUUGCCGAGGAGAAGCGCAAGAAGGCCGAGGCCGAGGCGGCCGCGCUCAAGAAGGAGGAGGGAGCAGACGGCGAGGGCGACGACGUCAAGCCGGCGGUCCAGCUCGACGAGGUCAAGAAGGACGACGACGAGCUCUUCCCCGAGCGUGCACCCGAGAUUCUGAACCCGCGCCAACCUCGACCCGGCGAGGACCGCGCCUCGAAAGGCGACGUCAAGCCGAGCGCGUCCGCCGUCGCCGCCGCGGGCGCCACGACCAGUUCUGCGUCGCCUGUUCGCGCCACCUCGGGCACGCCUGUGCCACCGCCGCAGCCGGCGCCGCCACCCGUCGUCAGCCCGGGCCUCGCGCACGGCAUGACGCCGGCGCAGCAGGCGGCCAUGAUGCGGCAGCAGCAGUUCCAGGCGCAGCAGCAGCAGCAGAUGAUGCUCAUGCAGCAGCAGAUGAUCGCCGCCAACGGCGGCGCCGGCCUGCCGUCCCUGCCGAUGCUGCAGCAGAACGCGUUCCGCCUGUCGAGCAUGCUCCAGAACCCGGUCAUGCCGCCGCCGAUGCGCAUGCAGCUCCAGGGCCAGCUCCAGCAGACGCAGAUGAUGAUGAUGCAGCUGCAGAACCUCCAGGUCAUGCAGCAGCGCAUGGCGAUGAGCAUGGCCAACGGCGGCGGCGGCGGCGGCGGCAACGGCGGGCGAGCGGGGCCGAGCAUGGCGGCGCCGGGCAUGCCGCCUACGACGCUGCCUCAGCACGGCGUCGUCGGCACCGGUGCGUCGACGGCCAAGGGCAACGGCGUCGGCAACGGCAUCAAGCGCGAGCGCGACGAGGAGAGCGUCGACGGGUCGCCGGCCGCGAAGAAGGUCGGGCCGGCGUGAGGCAGAGGGCCAAGGACGACUUGCAAUGUUUAUCGAGUCCGCUCACGAUCUCGGCGUUCCAGCAGAGAGCCAGAGAGAGAGCCUGCCAUGCGAGAGAGCGAGAGGUCCGGGGGCAAGAACGAAGCGAGGCGAGCGCUCUCUCUCGCUCGUAGACGGCGCC